CGUGUUUAGAUGCAUAUAUAAUUGAUCAGAAUCUGUGGAAGGAAUCUGGAAUCGGUGCUUCUCCAUACUUUAUCCUUCUCUUUAUCGACCAGCCUCCUUCCAUGCUGUAGUCUGUGUCGCUGGCAGGUUGUAGUGGCUUUGUUUCUCUCAGGAAGCUUCAUGAAUCUGUGGAAAAUUCAAUUCAAGUUCAAUUCUCCCAAAGUGUCCUUGGGAAAGACACUAAACUGGAAAUUGUGAAUGAGAUCAGAUGAAGAGCAGCUUGGUAUGUGUAAAUGUAGGCAUGUAGUGCAAACAGGCGCUAUAGAUGCAAGUCCAUUUACCAAAAUUAGGGCAAUAUAUUGAUAUAAUAUCGAUAUCGUGAUAUUGUAAUAUCUUUACAUCGCAUUUAAUUCCCUGGUUUUAAAAGCUGCAUUAGAUUAAAGUAGAAUUACAUUUUCUUUUUUAAUGUUUUGUUAUUAUUAUCUAUCAACCAUUUAAUUGUGUACAUAUUUGUUUUUGAAAGAACCAAAAGUCAACCCUACUAUAUGGCGGAAUAUCAAUAUUGAGAUAUUUUGUCCAAAAAUAUGAUUUUCUUCAUAUUUCCCAGCCCUAACCAAAAGCUGUCGCUGUUUGCUGUUGUUCAUGUAACCAUAGAAACAUCACCUUGUUGCAAUGGUUACUAACUGCUCUGUCUGUAGGUUUCUGGAUGGACAUCGGUCAGCCUAAAGACUUCCUCACAGGGAUGUGUAUGUACCUUCAGUCGCUACGGCAACAAGCUCCUGAGAGGCUACGCACGGGUCCCGGUUUCCUUGGCAAUGUUCUUGUGGACCCCACAGCGCAGAUCGGGGAGAACUGCACCAUCGGGCCGAACGUCACCAUCGGUGCGGGGGUGGUGGUGGAGGACGGCGUGAGGAUAAAGCGCUGCACGGUGAUGAAGGGGGCGCGGGUCCGAUCUCACUCCUGGCUGGAGAGCUGCAUCGUUGGGUGGAGCUCCUCUGUGGGCCAGUGGGUUCGUAUGGAGAACGUGACGGUGCUGGGGGAGGAUGUGAUCGUGAACGACGAGCUUUACCUGAACGGUGCCAACGUGCUGCCUCACAAAUCCAUCAACGAGUCGGUCCCAGAGCCGCGGAUCAUCAUGUAGCGGCAGGAGGAAGGGAAGACCAGCGCCUCUCUUUUUAUACGAACUCGACUGACACCCAAACUGUGCCAGAGAGAAGGACGAGGGUGGAGGAAAGAAGAAGAAAGAGGAGGCAAAGGAGAAGAAGGUGUUUUUUCCCCCCCGUUCUGUUUAUAAUUUGGACUAUUUUUAGCCCUGCUUGGCUGCACCGUCCAUCAAUAAGAAACAAUGGCGUACGCACGAUCUUGGACGAUAAUGUCCUGAAUGUUGCCGAGGUUAAAGGUCUUGCGUGAGCACUGCUAUAGAGAGCGGGAAAUUCACACCAAACGCAGAGCGACAUUUCAGUGGUCUGUUUAUUACAAUGGUACGAACCCAAAAUAAGAUAUAUUUACUUAUGGCUAAACUGCAAUAAAAAGAUCCAAAGGUUACUGAAGUAAUUCGAUCAUGACGCCGAACAAAUCCACUCAUAAUCUUGUCUCUGCAUUAUAUUUGUAAGCAAUCGAACCACAGGAAACAUUAGCUCUGCGUUUGAUGUGGACGCUCCAUUAGAGUUAUGGGGCUGAUAUGUUUCUGUCAGAAGGUGGAGGGACUACUGUGAAGUGUAAUCGGGGGGGAGGGGGUUAGUGAGCGAUAUGAACAUUGCUGUUUUAGAUUCACUAUGCAUUAACAUGUCCUGGGUGAACAGGCAAUGAAGGAUCACACUAAAUGUGUCUCUGCUGUGGCAGCGACUGGAAUCCUAACUGACAUUGAGAUUUCUAAAUGCAGUAUAAGUUAUAGUUGAUCAAUUAUUAUAGUCUUUUUUUAAACUGGGUUAUAUGAGGUACCGAUCCAUAGUCAGUGUAACACCUACAGUACAUGGCAGUAGCAGUUUGGAGAAACAAACACAACAGAGGAAAAAACAAGAGGCCUUCUUAAAUAAAAUCUAUAUCAGUUUUAAGUGAAUGCUUAAAAAUAAUAUUUUCAAAGCUUACAUUUUCUGUCAGGGAACUGAAGCUGCAACCAGUCUCCAAUCUGUACCUUGCAGAACAUGGUAGCUGCAGGCCUGCUGCUGCUUCAAUAGUUGAGUUUGUUGUUUUAAAAUCAACCCUAUCACAUACCUACAGUACGUUGCAUAAUAACACAAUGCUCUUGCUUUCUGUCAGCUAGGGUUGUAACGGCAUAAGAUUUUGAAAGUAUAAUAUAGUCAAAUAUUACAGUAUCUUAUUCAAAUGAGUUUUCUUAUUAUUUACAGUGAGCCUUUAAAGAAUAGGACCCGAAUUACAGUAUAAACCUGAUACAAAAAAACAUACCUCUGUUAUGAUGGAUGAAUUGUAAAGGCCUUUUUGCUGCAUUCUGUUCAUAUACAGAUGCUGUAUGACUAACAUGAAUUAGUUCCUAAUUUAACUAAAGCAUGUAAGUGUACACUGUAGGAGCAAACACAAUAGUGGUGGCUUAAAGCCCACCUCUGCUCCGCGCCGUCCUUUAGAUGAGCCUGGUCAGAUUUAAUAAAAGAAGGAGUUUAAAACACCGGCAUAAAAGUUAUAACAAUAAUCUGAUUUUAAUACAGUAAAAAACACCAAUACAAGUUUACAGAGUACUCCGGACUCCCAGUUCUACUGCCGUGCGAUACAGGUAUCGGGACCAGCCAGUCAGAAACAGGGGGCAUUUUGCAUGAAGAAACAACAGUAUACAUGGAUAUGUUUUGAGGUGUAGAAUCACUUCUUAUCUUCCACCGGACCCAACUCCUUUAAUUUCCCAGGGAAGGUUUCACACAAACUAUUCUUUUAAAACAAUCAAACAUUAUACACAGAUAUAUUGGUGCUUGGGAUUAUUCCCAGAAAGAACCUUGAAAAAGAACAUGUGUGUGUGUUAGUGAGGGGAAGUGUAUGUGUGUGUGUGUGUGUGUGUGUGUGUGUGUGUGCUGAUAAGCGGAGGCGUAUGUGUGUGUGUUGCUGAUAUCUGGGUUAAGGAGUUUAUGUGUGUGUGCUGCAUGGAGACAGGAGGUGUGUGUCAGGGUCUCUGGGUCAUGGAGUGUAAGUAAGAAGGUUUAUAUAUAUAGGAUUACUUUAAACAGUCCCAAAUAAUACAUGUUCACUUCAAUACAGUUCAAGAUAAUACCUGUUUACUUUAAUACAGUUUAGAACAAUAUCUGGGUGCUUUAACAUGCAAGCACUAUUUUAGCAUGUUCAAUUCAUAAAUGAAAAUGACAUCAGCUUAAUAAUGUCCUAAUGUGAACACAUUGUGUAUGUGUGUACCUUUUACUCACACACCUAAACGUAAUUUCUUUUCAACACUGUCUAUAAACAAAUGUACACAAUUUGAUAAGUUGGUCAACUUUAAUACCAAGAUACCUUUAUACCCUUACAACCCUAGUGUCAUCCUUGUUGUAAAAACUAGAUUUUAACAUUCAACAAGGACAAAUCCAUGUAUCCCUGAUAUUCAAAUAACUGGUUAAAGGUUUCUGAAGAUCAUCGUCACAACAGGCGGCCAUGUUUGUGUCUUAAAGUCUCUCAUUUGAUCCUGAACACUGUCAGAUCUGAUCCCUGAACAGAUUGCAGUUCUUUCAAGUUGUCUUUCUGUUUUUCUGUAGUGAUGAACAGUUUAGGACACUGACCAUGUAAAGACUUGAGUCUGAAUGAAUGAAGUAAACUCUUGUAAUGAAAUAUUUUUUAAAGGAAAUAAUAUAAUCUGCUGAUCACA